CAGAACCUGAACGAUAGAUACCCACCAAGUCUUUUGAUUACCUCCGCCGAACGCCGCAUAGGCGCCUCCUCCUCCACGGGAGCGCCCACCGCCACGCCCGCCGCUAUAACCGCCACCACCGCUGUUAUAGUUGCUGCUGCUACUGCCAUUAGGACAAUUGCGAGAGAUGUGUCCAACUUGGCCACAGCGGUAGCAUUCCGAGUUGCUGUAGUAAAAGGGGGAAAUAUGACUUACUAUAUGACCUUCCUGACCGCAUUUGUAGCAAGUCUUUGCCUUGGGGUCACUAGUACAGUCGCGGGACUUUACCAGCAG